AUGGCAUCCCUCCCUCAGAAGCACGAUCCGGCUUCCACCUCCGACGGUAGUUGGUCCCUUCGUAUGGAUCCUCUGGUGGGUCUGAUCGACAUGAAGCUCCAGGAACUGAUCUCCGACGACCAUCCGCGACCUUCUAUCUGGAGGGUCCAUCCCGACUUGAGGAAGGUAGAGGAGGAAGCGUACGAGCCCAAGCUGGUCUCCAUCGGCCCGCUUCAUCACGGGAAGCCCAGACUGCUCCCCAUGGAACAGAUCAAGCUUACGUACCUGCGCGGCCUCCUAAAUCGCCACCAAAAGAACAGCCUGGAGUACUACGUCGCCGUAAUCCGCAGCUGCUUGCCCGCCACCAAGGAUCAGUACUCGGAGAAGAUCGAGCUCUCCGAUGACGAAUUCGUGGAGAUGCUCGUGGUCGACGGUUGCUUUAUCAUUGAGUACUUGGCCAAGCGUGCCUUCCGCAGCACGCACGAAACGGCCGUCCUCGCAGGCGUUGGAUGGGGAUUCACUCACCUGCGGAGGGACCUGCUGCUGCUGGAGAACCAGAUCCCGUUCCUUGUUCUAACCGAGCUAUUCAAUAUGACGACGAUCCCCUUCCCCGGCGAGCGAAAGGAACCUCUGAAUCUUAUGGAGUUGGUCCUCAAAUUCCUCGGCAUCGGGAUGAAGCCGGAGGAGUACCCCAAACCGAGCGACAUAUUCCAUCUUCUCCACCUCGAGCAUUGGUGCCAGAAUCCUGGUCGCGUAAAGGAGGACACCAAUCGGCGCUCCUGCGGCCAGCUUGCGAUGUACCCACUCAAGAAAUCGAUCGAUCUGAUCUCCGUGCUUUUCUUCGGCCUGCUCUAUCUGAUUUUCAUUCGACACUGGCCCGGCUGCUUCGGUCCCACCAAGAAAUCGAAGGCACCGAGAGAGAUUCCCUGCGCGACUGAGCUUCGCGCGGCGGGGAUCAAAUUCAAGAAGAAGGUAGCCCCCCAAGGUAAGAUCGCCUCCUACUUGAAGGUCUCGUUCAGAGAUGGGGCACUAGAGAUACCUUUCCUGUCGGUGGACGAGACCACCAGCCCCCGGCUGCGGAAUCUCAUCGCCCUGGAGCAGUGCUGCGUGGACGUUGGAAAUCACUUCACCAGCUACUGCGCCUUCGUGGACAACAUCAUCAACACCGCUGGCGACGUUGCUAUCCUACGGGGCCGCGGCAUCCUGGAGAGCAAGCUCGGAAGCGACGCCGAGGUCGCAGACCUGUUCAACAGUCUUUGCAAGGGCACCCAUCUCAAGUACGACGAUCACUACAACAAAGAAAUCUUCGAGGAAGUGGUGGCCUUCUCCGAAUUCGCCCACAACAAAUGGCGGGCGAGCCUGGUGCACAAUUACUUCAGCAACCCAUGGGCUAUGUUCUCCGUGUUCGCUGGUUUUCUCCUCAUCGCUUUGACUGCUGUUCAAACGUACUUCGCAGUCUUCUCCAGAUAG